UCCGCCACAUUCAAAAUGGCGGCCGCACUGGUCCAGUAGGGCGUUUGAACGGAUCGCAAGUGGCUAGUUCCACUCCAAUCAUGGCGGCGUCCCGACCGGCGGCGGCUGCGCCGAGUGGCGUUCUGGAGACAUGUGGUCUGGAGCAGAUUCUGGAAGCGCUGAAGUUGCUGCUGAGUCCGGGAGGAUCAGACUCAAGUUCACUACAGAACACAAAACAUAAUGUCCUACUGGAGACUCUUAAAUCUAACCUGUCUGCGUUGGAGGUUAAGUUUCUGAAGGAUGCUCACUGGAAGAAUCUCAGAGCCCUAAGAGAUGAAAUUGCUGAUAAGGCUGAGUGGCCACAGAGCUCUGAGGAUAUCACUUGGAGUUUCACCUCUCAAACCUUGUUGCUGCUGCUCUGUCUGAAGGAAAUCAUGACCCGCCUUGUAGCUGACUUCAAUCCUGGCAAACCUAACCCCAGGACUCCAGAGGCUGCCCCUGCCCUCAGUCCAGAUACGCUCAGUGUCUCCCAACAGAAGACCUUCCAGUCCGUUCUGCAGUUUGUAGUCACCUUGGGUAUCUGCCCCUACCUCGUGCCUGGCGUGGGAGUCCCUCUGAGAGACAGGACUGAGUUUGGGGCUGUUGUUCAGGAUGUUGUACGUCUAGAGGCUGCUCCCCACGCCACCCGGAGACUGUACAUCUGCUGCAGGGUCCUCCUCGACCUGGCUGAGCACGCAUCUCUGGGGAGCUUGAUUUUUUGCCGCCAUUUUGGGGAUAUUGCAGCAGGUCUGUGCCAGCUGGGAUUCUGCCCAAACAAAAGAAAACCACUAGUACCUGUGGAAGAGGUUUUAACAGAAGAGGAAAGAACCCUAUCGAGGCGGGCCUUGAGAGACAUCUUGGAUCAAGUCUAUCAGCCAUUAGCUGUCCGGGAAUUACUUAUUCUCCAGGGAGGACCACCCCAGUCCUGUACAGAUGUGAAGACACAGCUAAGGUGCCGGACCCCAGCGUGGCUCCGCCGUCUAUGUGGGCAGCUGCUCUCUGAAAGGUUGAUGAGACCCAAUGGUGUUCAGGCAGUAGUCCGGGGCAUUUUGGAAGGAGCAGGUGCGGGGGCAGCCGGUGGGAGCGGUGCUGAGGCCACAGCUGCCGACUGGAGGAAGUGUGACUUGAUUGCAAAGAUUCUGGCCUCUUGUCCCCAGCAGUCCCUGUCCCCUGAGAGCUACUACAAGGACAUCUGCCCACAGAUUCUGGACUUAUUCCAUCUUCAAGAUAAACUGACAGCUCGGCAGUUUCAGAGAGUGGCCACUACCACCUUCAUAACUAUGUCGAGGGAACAUCCAGAACUGGCCGCAAAGUAUUUGCUCCAGCCCAUGUUAGUGCCUCUGCAGCGAUGUCUGACCACAGCAGAGAUUCCAGAGAGUGACAUGGUGCCAGGAACUAUUUUGGUGACUGAAGAGGAACUUAGCCGAUGUGUUGAAGAUGUGUUUAAGGUUUAUGUGGUGGCAAAUGAGCCUCUCCCAGUGUUGCUGAACUCGCUGCUUCCGCUCCUCGGGGUGUUCUUUUCUCUCUACUGUUUUACUCAACAGAGUGUGUCUCACGUAAGGUCACUUUGCCAAGAGAUCUUGUUAUGGGUUCUGGUGAAGCUGGAAAGGAAGAAGGCAAUCGCCAGCCUGAAAGGAUUUUCAGGGUUGGACAAAGCUGUGCCCGCUCUCCACCCUCAGUGUCAGUUUAGAGCUGCUACGCACGGUGGCAUUGUGAUUACCGUCAAAGAGGCCAUUAGCGAUGAUGAAGAUGAAGCCCUGUUCCAGAAGGUGUCUUCAGAGCAGAGCCAGAUGGAGCAUCUUGGGGACUUGCUGUUGCACUGCCAGCAAUGUGGCUUGGCAGGAGAUUUCUUCAUCUUUUGUCUGAAGGAGUUGUCUCACCUGCUGGAGGACAGUGAAGCAGAGUUAACACCCAAGCCCUCCUGCUAUGCAAGCCUCCUGGAAUUAGAGCAAUACCAGACUCUGCUUAUAGAAGACCAGGAGCGGAAGCUGCUGGUCCUGCAGUUGCUGGCCAUUCUGUGUGAGAAAAUGUCUGAGCAGAUAUUCACACACCUCACUCAGGUCGUGGACUUUGUAGCAGCAACACUGCAGAGAGCAUGUGCAGGCCUGGCUCAUGAGGCAGAGAGCACCGUGGGAUCACAAACACUGAGCAUGUCCAUGGGGCUGGUGGCUGUCAUGCUAGGAGGAGCUGUUCAGUUGAAGUCAAGUGAUUUUGCGGUCCUGAAGCAGCUGCUGCCUCUGUUGGAGAAGGUCUCUAACACAUACCCUGACCAUGUCAUCCAAGAACUCGCUGCCGAUCUCCGAAUUACCAUCUCCACCCAUGGAGCCUUCUCUACUGAGGCUGUCAGCACAGCAGCCCAGAGUACCCUAAACAAAAAAGAUCCGGAACAGAAAACAGAAGAACAGCGACAAACCAGUCAUGACACAUCCACAGAAGGAGCUCAGAACUGCCCUAAACAAGAGCAGAACCCCCGCAGAACAGGCCAAGGUUCCAGUGAGCCCUGCGCUGCCACAAGCCAGCCACCAGGACAUAUAACCACAGAACAGUUCCGGGAGGUUCUCUUAUCGGCCUGUGAUCCCCAGAUUCCGACCCGGGCUGCUGCCCUCCGCACCCUUUCCCGCUGGGUAGAACAGAGAGAAGCAAGAGCCCUGGAGGAACAAAAGAAGCUUCUUCAGAUAUUCUUGGAGAACUUGGAGCAUGAGGACUCUUUUGUGUAUCUAUCUGCAAUUCAAGGGGUUGCCCUUCUCUCAGAUGUGUACCCUGAAGAAAUCUUGGUUGACCUGUUGGCCAGAUACGACAGUGGCAAAGACAAGCACACCCCAGAGACCAGAAUGAAAGUUGGGGAGGUCCUGAUGCGAGUUGUCAGAGCACUAGGGGACAUGGUCUCAAAAUACCAGGAGCCUUUGAUCCAUACCUUCCUGCGGGGAGUAAAAGAUCCUGAUGCUGCACACAGGGCCAGCAGCUUAGCCAACCUGGGAGAGCUGUGCCAGCGCCUGGACUUCCUGCUGGGCCCUGUGGUUCAUGAGGUGACAGCCUGCCUGAUUGCUGUGGCUAAGACCGACACUGACGUUCAAGUGCGCAGAGCUGCAGUCCACGUGGUUGUGCUGCUGCUUCGGGGACUCAGCCAGAAAGCAACGGAGGUGCUGAGCGAUGUCCUCAAGGAUCUCUAUCACCUGCUGAAGCAUGUGGUGCGUUUGGAACCCGAUGGUGUCGCCAAGCUGCAUGCCCAGCUGGCCCUGGAGGAGCUGGAUGAGAUCAUGAGGAACUUCCUGUUCCCACCCCAGAAGCUGGAGAAGAAGAUCGUGGUCCUGCCAUAGACCUGUUCACAGACCAUGGAAGACAGCGGGAGUGAGAGGGUGGGGGAGGAACCAAGCAGCCAAAGCAGUGGCCCCACACCUCUCAGCGGCUGUCUCCACUGCCUCCUUGGUCCAGACCUAAGGUCUGCCAUAACCCUAAGGUAUCUGAAUGGUGCUGGCUACUUGGGUGUUCAGGGCUACCUUUCUAGAGCAUCCAUUUGAUCAUUCUGCAUCUGGCCCAAAGCACGUGCAGUUACAAGGAUGAAUUCCAUCUAAU